CCAUCAGAGUAUUGGCAGUGGCGCACGGCGCACAGCGUGGACUUGGAGAUGUCUUGGCAGCAUUACGCACUACGACGCGAUAAUCGCGAAAGCCUCCUUUAGAAGGACAGGACACUUUCAAGCCGAACCGGACUGCCUUUCAACUUUUGAUUUGGAAAGCACUCUAGCAGCCUCCUCAAGACGUUUUAUCAUCUUUUCCUGACGGCGGAUGAAAUUCGUAUCUCCCUCUUCGCAGUCAGCUGCAGCAGUGGAUCUGGAUAACUUCCUCUCCAGGUCACGGUGACUAUAGAGAAAUGGAAACGAUGUAGGCUAAACAGUUUGGAUAAAACAAACUCUACAGAGCAACAGUUUUUUUAGAGAUCCCGAAAAAAGGGAGGAUGAUCCCACCGACCAAUAUGAUUCAGGACGAAAGUGGGGGCAAAGAGGACGAACGGGACCAGGAUGAGACACCUAAAUCCCCGACGGCGAACGCCAGCCAGCAGGAAACAAAGAAUACUGUGAGGCCUGAACAUCACAAGCGCAAGCUGCAGAGACUCAAGCGCUCCUUGUCCUUCAAGACCAAGAGCAUCCGCAGCAAGAGCGCAGACAACUUCUUUCGAACCAGCAGUGACAACAAGAUGGAGCUGCUCUCGGACGUGAGCAGCAGCACUGGCCAUCUUUGCAACAUUGGGAUGGCCCCGCCGCACACCACCAGCCUCCCCAUCCCUCCGGUCCCUCCAGCCAUCCCUUCGGCUCCUCCUCCCACAUCGCGCUCCCAAACACGCAACCCGCUGCAGGUAGACUCGGCAGGACACUGCUUCAUGGAGCACAUCUUCAAGAAGCCCACGUUCUGUGACGUCUGCAACCACAUGAUCGUAGGUACAACAGCCAAGCAUGUGGUGUUCCUAGCGGGAAAUACAGCAAAGCACGGCCUCCGCUGCAAAGCCUGCAAGAUGAGCCUCCACCACAAAUGUGAGAAUGGAGUGGGACAGCAGCGCUGCAUGGGCAAACUGCCAAAAGGCUUUCGGCGGUACUACAGCUCUCCAUUACUGAUCCAGGAACAGUAUGGCUGCAUCAAAGAAGUCAUGCCCAUCGCCUGUGGCAAUAAGGUGGACCCUGUGUAUGAGGCCUUGAGAUUUGGGACGUCGCUAGCACAAAAGGCCAAGAGGGCCAGUGGCUCUGAGUCUCCACACAGAAACUCGACCAGUGACUUGGAUAAGGUUCCGGAGGAAGUAGUGGCUCACAGCAGUAGGCAGGAGCUGUCGAGAAAACACAGCGAUGAUGUUUUCACAGUCAUUGAGAACGGGACAGAGCAUUACCUCCAGCCAGAAAGAAACCCUGACGAUUUCCCGUUGGAACAGAUCCAGCUACAGAAAGAUGUCCUUAAGCUCAGAACGUAUGUGGCCUUGUUCAGCUUCACUCCCCAAGACAGCCAUGACCUGGAGAUGAGCGCGGGAGACAGAAUCUUAUUGGCUGACGACUCCAAUGAUGACUGGUGGAAGGGGAUAAUUGAGGACAGGAUUGGUUUCUUCCCAGCAGCCUAUGCUCAUCAGGUGCGGGUUGAAGACCAAGUGUUCAGGUGUACCAGGACAUUCAUUGGCUGUAAGGAACAAGGCCAGAUCACCCUGAAGGAGGGACAGAUCUGUGUGAGCAGUGAGAGUGAACGCAGCGGCUUCAUCAGAGUGGGGAGUGGAAAGAAGAGAGGCUUUGUGCCCUAUGACGUUUUGGAAAUCAUCUGAGACAAACAUUCAGAGAAAUGAAGAAAGAGAGAGAGAGAGAGAGAGAGAGAGAGAGAGAGAGAGAGAGAGAGAGAGAGAGAGUGAGUGAAAGACAGAGGGGGGGGGGGGGUAGGAUCUGUUGCCUGGAUGUUAGAGGAGGAGGAAAGUGAACCUGCAAAAUAGCUACAAGGAACCAGUGAGGGAGAUUUGAUGUCAUGGACAUAAAAGUGAUGCUGGCUUCGUCAAUGAUGAGGACUCUACUCAGUUGCAGGUCAGAGUCUCUGUACCUUACUUUACUUCCUCUCAGCACAGAGAAAGAUGCUGAAACGGCAGACUGUUUGUUGUUUGCAGGGAGACAGGAAAUCACUGUUUCACUGGACUUGACUUAAUUUAUAGAGCCAAUGUGUGUGUUACUUUUCCCCUUAGUUUUAUUCUGUUACAAGCUGUUCAUUUUUGGAAAGUGGAACAGCUUUCUGGCUGUUUCAGCCAAAGAAAAGGAAACACACACUUACUACAAUGAUUAUUUUUCAAGUUUUCAGCACACACAAUGGCAUUCCCCUUACAACUAGUUUAGUUUCUCAUGCUAAGCAUGCUUCGUGCUUUUAAUGCAAAGUAGUCUGCAAUAGACUCCGAAGUGUCUGAUUAUUUUGGAUGACAAAAUCCUUGGUGUCAAGAAAGGUGAUGGAAACAUUGAAUAAACAAAUACAAGAACAUUU